AUGGCCAAUGGCACAAUCUUCAUGCCAUCAUUACUUUUGCUGAUUGGGAUACCAGGCCUGGAGGCUGUGCAAUGCUGGAUUGGAAUUCCAUUCUGUGCCAUGUAUGUCAUUGCCAUGGUUGGGAAUUACCUGCUCCUUUUCAUCAUCCGAUCUGAAAGCAGCCUCCACAAACCCAUGUACCUCUUCUUGGCCAUGCUGGGUGUCACUGAUAUUGCCCUGAGCACUUGCAUCCUGCCCAAGAUGCUGGGCAUCUUCUGGUUUAAUCUGCAGGAAAUCCACUUUGAGGCCUGUCUGCUGCAGAUGUGGCUCAUCCACACAUUCCAAUGCAUAGAAUCAGGCAUCUUAUUGGCUAUGGCUCUGGACAGAUAUGUGGCCAUCUGUGAGCUGAGGCACACUACAAUCUUUACCCCACAACUUCUCACCCGGAUUGGGGUGGGGGUGACACUAAGGGCUGCUAUCCUGGUGGCCCCAUGCCUGGUACUCAUCAAAUGCCGCCUGAAGCAUUACCGAACAACAGUCAUCUCCCACACCUAUUGUGAGCACAUGGCCAUUGUAAAGCUAGCUGCUGAUGAUAUCAGGGUUAACAAGGCCUAUGGUUUAUUUGUGGCCUUUACCAUCCUGGGCUUUGACAUCAUCUUCAUUACUCUGUCCUACAUUCUGAUCUUCAUUGCAGUGUUCCGCCUUCCCCAGAAAGAAGCUCGGCUCAAGGCCUUCAACACCUGCAUUGCCCACAUCUUUGUAUUUCUUGAAUUCUAUCUUCUUGCUUUUUUCUCUUUUUUUACUCAUAGAUUUGGGUUCCACAUCCCCCCUUAUGUCCACAUCCUUCUUUCUAACCUCUAUCUGUUAGUUCCACCCCUCCUCAACCCUAUUGUUUAUGGAGUAAAGACCAAGGAAAUAAGGAAUCGAGUGGUCAAAAUGCUUUACCAUUAG